CGUCGCUGUGGCGCCGUGGCUGGUCAUGUGAUCUACCAACAUGGUCGUGCCCCUCUUCCAGUAAGCAGGACCGGUUUAAAUGACGAACCGAAGAUCCAAACUGACGACUUGAGACGCAGCCAGAAAAGCUUUUAGAUAAACCUGACGCUUCUUCAGCCCCGCAGACAUGAGCAAGAACGACGUUAUCCUCCCCAAAGACUUUCCUGAGCUGAAGAAUGAUACAUUCCUGCGAGCAGCGCGAGGAGAAGAACCCGAACAUGUCCCGGUCUGGUGCAUGAGACAGGCCGGGAGAUACCUACCAGAGUUCCGUGAGAUCAGAGCAAAGAAGGACUUUUUUGACACAUGCAGGUCCCCCGAGGACUGCUGUGAGCUCACCCUGCAGCCGUUGAGACGUUUUCCCUUUGACGCCUCCAUCAUCUUCUCUGACAUCCUCGUCAUCCCACAGGCCAUGGGUAUGGAUGUCCAGAUGUUGACUGGUAAAGGUCCAACAUUCACUGACCCAUUGAAAGAACCCGAGGACCUGCAGCGCCUCAAGGCCAACGUGGACGUUAACAAAGAGCUGGAUUAUGUCUUCAAAGCCAUCACACUGACCAGACACAAGAUUGAAGGAAAAGUGCCCCUCAUAGGAUUCACAGGAGCUCCGUGGACCCUGAUGUCAUACAUGAUCGAAGGCGGAGGCUCCACCACCCACUCCAAAGCCAAGCGAUGGCUGUACCAGCACCCCGAGUCCAGCCACAUGUUGCUGAAGAUGCUGACGGACGUGAUUGUUGAGUAUCUGCUGGGGCAGGUAGCAGCCGGAGCACAGGCUCUGCAGGUGUUUGAGUCCCACGCCGGGAUCCUGGGCCCUGUGGAGUUUAAGGAGUUCUCCCUGCCAUACCUCCGAGACAUCGCUCGUCGUGUCAAGGACAGGCUUAAGGAGAAGGGACAGGAUGUUCCGAUGAUCGUGUUUGCUAAGGAUGCUCACUACGCUUUAGAGGAGCUUUCUGCGUCUCAUUAUGAAGUGGUGGGGCUGGACUGGACCAUUGACCCCCGAUCAGCGAGGGAGCGCACAGGAGGGAAGGUCAGCCUGCAGGGAAACAUGGACCCCUGUGCUCUGUAUGCUCCAAAGGAGCUGAUUUCGGACAUCGUCAAGAAAAUGUUGGAGGGUUUUGGAACGAAGGGUUAUAUCGCUAAUCUCGGCCACGGCCUUUACCCUGACAUGGACCCGGAGAACGUCGCUGCCUUCGUCGACGCCGUGCACCAGCACUCUAAACUUGCCAUCAAACAAGCAUGAAGACAGAAUACAGAAUGCAAAAUGUCUGCACACAGCAUAUGUUGAUGACUUCGCUACCCAACAUCCUGACUGAGCAAAUCCCCCGUUGGAUCUCAGCAUGAGAAGACCCCCACCUCCUCAUCACAGAGAGUGCAUUUUUAAUAAAUUCAGAUGCCUGAUACGAAAUGUUAUUCCAUUUUAGGUUAGACAUUUUAAAAGAAAUCAUUGUUGCUUUAAAGUUUUAGCCUUAUUAGAUUUCUGUUGCACUGCGAGAUGGGGCUUUAUAGUGUCCACUUGUUUGAAACAAUUCGUUCAUAGCAGUGAAUUGCUCGCAAAAUGCCUGUGAUGCUUUCGCCCGGCUUUAUGGCACAUCACCUGGUGUCUCGUCCAACAUCCAAUGCUGUUGUUAAGCAGAAACAAAGACAAAACGUGAGUUAUUGAUCGCACUAGUCGUCACGUUCGAGGUUAUCCAUGAAAACCCAACAUAUGCUGCCGACAAGCAAGUUUGUUUUAGAUCCUCUUUAGUCCACACAGCGACACAAUCUACGAUAUGUAGGUAGAUGUAUCUUGGCACCAACAAGGUCCUGUCAUAAUUCUGACAGGAUAUUAGACCCCUCUUCUUUUUAGAAAUGGUAAAGGUCAUUUUAACUGGUUGGUUUUCUAGCAUAUAUCCAACUUUGAAGCCAAUUUUUCAGUGUUUUCAGUUGGAUCACCCAACCGUGUCCAAGUUUAACCAUUUGACUCAAACAACCACCCUCGAAAGAAAGCCAGUGAAGAUGUUCAUGAACAUCCCAGCGACCACCAAGGCUUAAGGCUAUAUCAGCCUGGAAAGUGAUAGUGCGAGUUUAAUUUGAGAUGGCGCUGACUCACAAAACCUCCCCAAGCAUGGACAACAUUGUAGUGAUCCAAAUGCUUUCUGGAGAAACGAUCUGUUCUCUAUUUGGCAGCACUCACAAGAACUAUGUUUGUAGGAGUAGAUGUAAGGCAGAGGGGGCAAAUUCCUGUCUUUGAGGCCUGGUGUCCUGCAGGGUCAACACAGCAGAAUGAAUUGGCUUUGUCAUUAGCAAGUUCCUGUAAAACUAGAGAAAGAAUUCAAGUAUUUUAUUCAGGUCUGUCAUAGCAGAGAUGCAUCUAAAACACGCAGGAUCCUGUCCCCUAAAAACAAGAAUCAACCACGCCUGGUGUAAGGCUUUUAAACAUCAUAACCCCUGUACCAACUGUGGAGCAUGGUGGUGGUAGCAUCAUGCUGAGGGCCCGUUUUGCUACCAGUAGUACUUGUGCAUUCUACAAAGUGGGUGGGAUAAUACAUUGUUAGGACCACCUACAAAUUCUUUUAUGUUCACCUCGGAUCAGCAGUAAGAUGGUUGAAACUUGGACAACCCUGAGUUUUCCAGGAGGAAGAUGAUCCCAAACAUGUAAAACAGGUCUUUUUUUUAAAGGAAAAAGCAGACUAACAUUAGGAUUCUGGAAUGACCUCAACAUUACUAAAAUGAUAUGGUCUGUGCAUAAAAGCCUGGAAACCAACCAAUUUAAAUGAGCAUCACCAUUUCUGAUGAGAUGAUUUAUCAAACAUCUAGACAGAACUAUGACAGCACCUUGUUGAUGGCUGAAACUCUGCAUCUUGCUAAAUAUUAACAAUUUAAACCUACAUUUUAAAAUCUUGAUGGAGUGUGUUUCAGAACAAAAUUAUAACAUGCAUGCUCACCUAUUUCAUUGAAGGGUUUUGUUCUUAUCAAACUGAAAAAAAGAAUGAUUAAAAUAUAAAGGUGAGAUUCAUGCUGAU